ACCUCACCCUCCUCCUAGAACCGACCUCUCAUCACCCUCUAUCUCCACUCCAUCCUCUAUUUCAUUGGGACCCGUCACACCCAUCGGGCUUCUGAGAAAUUUCUGUCAACAUGUUCAGAAACGCCCUUCGCCAGAGCGCCCGCGUGGCCACCGUCGCCGCUGCUUCGUCGAGAAUUUCAGCUGCCCGCGCUGUCGCUCCCGUCGCCAACUCUGUCCGCGGCUACGCCGACAAGGCCACCCCCACUGAGGUCUCCUCCAUCCUCGAGCAGAGAAUCCGUGGUGUCCAGGAGGAGUCUGGUCUCGCCGAGACCGGCCGUGUCCUUUCCGUCGGUGAUGGUAUCGCCCGUGUUCACGGUAUGAGCAACGUCCAGGCCGAGGAGCUCGUCGAGUUCGCCUCCGGUGUCAAGGGCAUGUGCAUGAACCUCGAGGCCGGCCAAGUUGGUGUCGUCCUUUUCGGUUCUGACCGUCUCGUCCGUGAGGGUGAGACCGUCAAGCGCACCGGUGAGAUUGUCGACGUCCCCGUCGGCAUGGAGCUCCUCGGUCGUGUCGUCGACGCCCUCGGUAACCCCAUUGAUGGCAAGGGCCCCCUCAAGACCACCCAGAAGAGCCGUGCCCAGCUCAAGGCUCCCGGUAUUCUCCCCCGUCAGUCCGUCUCGCAACCCGUCCAGACCGGUCUCAAGUCUGUCGACGCCAUGGUUCCCAUCGGUCGUGGUCAGCGUGAGUUGAUCAUUGGUGAUCGUCAAACUGGUAAGACUGCCGUCGCUCUCGACGCCAUGCUUAACCAGAAGCGCUGGAACAACAACACCUCCGACGAGUCCAAGAAGCUCUACUGUGUCUACGUCGCCGUCGGCCAGAAGCGCUCCACCGUCGCUCAGCUCGUCCAGACCCUCGAGGAGAACAACGCCAUGCAGUACUCCAUCGUCGUCGCUGCUACCGCCUCUGAAGCUGCACCUUUACAGUACUUGGCUCCUUUCACCGGUACCGCCAUGGGAGAGUACUUCCGUGACAACGGCAAGCAUGCCGUUAUUAUCUACGAUGAUUUAUCUAAGCAAGCCGUCGCUUACCGCCAGAUGUCUCUUCUUCUCCGCCGCCCUCCCGGUCGUGAGGCCUACCCUGGAGAUGUCUUCUACCUCCACUCUCGUCUUCUCGAGCGCUCCGCCAAGAUGAACGACAAGCUUGGUGGUGGUUCCCUCACUGCCCUGCCCAUCAUUGAGACCCAGGGUGGUGAUGUCUCCGCUUACAUUCCCACCAACGUCAUUUCCAUCACUGACGGUCAAAUCUUCUUGGAGGCUGAGCUCUUCUACAAGGGUAUCCGUCCCGCCAUUAACGUCGGUCUUUCCGUCUCGCGUGUCGGUUCCGCCGCUCAGCUCAAGGCCAUGAAGCAAGUCGCUGGUUCGCUCAAGCUCUUCUUGGCCCAGUACCGUGAGGUUGCCGCCUUCGCCCAGUUCGGUUCCGAUCUCGAUGCCGCCACCAAGCAGACCCUGUCCCGUGGUGAGCGUCUUACCGAGCUCCUCAAGCAGAGACAGUACAGCCCCAUGGCUGUCAACGAGAUGGUUCCUCUUAUCUACGCUGGUAUUAACGGCCACCUCGACAACGUCCCCGUCGCCAAGAUUCUCCAGUGGGAAGCCGACUUCCUCAACCACCUCCGCACCAACGAGAAGGCCAUCCUUGAUCAGAUUGACAAGGAGGGUGCCCUCAGCAAGGAGCUCGAGAACAAGCUCAAGGAGGUCAUCCAGAGCUUCACCGCCAACUUCUCGUAAAUUCCGAUUAAAAAUCUAUAACGGGGAAAAUUGCGAGUAGGCCGAAGAAGCCGUGU